CCGGGCCCAGUACUCGGCUGCCUGCGGGACAGCACUAUAUUCCCAGCCUGGCUCUGGAGCGAGACCUGGAAGCUAUGGAGGUGCUGGUCCUGGCCGAGUACCGCGCGCAGAAGGAGGGCGAGCUGAGUCUGGCGCCCGGGUACGUGGUCCGGCAGGUGUGCGAGGGGCCCUCACGGGGCUGGCUGCGCGGAGAGCGGGGGGGUCGUUGUGGUCUCUUUCCCGAGCGCUUGGUGCAGGAGAUCCCGGAGUCUCUGCGCGGCGCCGGAGAGGCGCCGAGCCCGCGCUGUGCGCGCCGCCGAGGUCGCCCCGCCAAAUCUCGGGGCCCCCAAAGAUGGUGCAAGGUGAACUUCAACUACAGUCCGGAGCAGGCGGACGAGCUGAAGCUGCAAGCUGGGGAGAUUGUGGAAGUGAUAAAGGAGAUUGAGGACGGCUGGUGGCUGGGGAAGAAGAACGGGCAGCUGGGAGCCUUCCCAUCCAACUUUGUGGAGUUGCUGGACAGUGGGCCCCCAAGCCUCGGGAACCCAGACAUGCCUUCAGUCAGCCCUGGUACCCAGCGGCCUCCCAAGCUGAGCAGUCUGACCUAUGACAGCCCUCCAGACUACCUGCGGACAGUCUCUCGCCCUGAGAUCUACAGGGUCCUGUUCGACUACCAGCCUGAGGCCCCGGAUGAGUUGGCGCUGCGGAGGGGGGACGAGGUGAAAGUACUGAGGAAGACCACAGAGGAUAAGGGCUGGUGGGAAGGAGAGUCUCAAGGCAGAAGAGGAGUUUUCCCCGACAACUUUGUGCUCCCCCCACCCCCAAUCAAGAAGCUGACCCCACGGAAAAUGGUGUCUCGGGAAUCAGCUCCUAUUAAGGAACCAAAAAAGAUGAUGCCCAAAUCGGCUCUCCCUACAGUCAGGAAGCUGGUGACAGCCGCUACUGGGCCCAACAAAACCAAGCCUUCUUGGACACCCAGCGGCGGAGACAGUCAGAAGCGCCCCUCCCGACACUUGGGCUCCGGUGGCGGCAGCUUCCUCAGCAGGGGUCCAGGCCACCCUGGUAGAAAGGGAUCAAAAACCCAGGCUUCCCGGCAGCGCUCUGCAACCAGUCAGGAAGAAGAGCAGAGCAGCCCAGCAAAGGCCUCUCCUGUGAAUAAAACCCCCACUCUGGACAAGACCCCCAGCCCAGAGAAGACUCUGUCUCCGGAUAAGGCCCCCACUCCAGAGGAAACCCUGACUCCAGAUAAGGUCACCAUCUCUGAGGAGGCCCUGACUCUAGAGUUCAAGGCCUCAGCCCCAAAGAUCCCCACCCCACAGGAGGGUCUGACUCUAGACAAGGCUCCCAGCCCAGACAGCCUCAUUUCUGUGGAUGAGGCCCCUGCCCCAGAAGUCCCACCAGAGGAUGAAGUCCUUGGCCCAAAGAUGGUCUCUCCUGGGGAUGAGGCGCCCACCCUAGAAAAGGUCUUGACCCCUGAGCAGGUGCCCUCUGAAGAGGCCUCCAGUAGAGACAACACUCAGUUCCAUCACUUCUCUCUGGACCAAGCCCUGCUGAAGUUCAAGUCUCCUGUGGCCAGUGAGGCUCAAUCCCAAGAGGUCCACAUGGCAGAGGAGCCCAAUCUCUGCAUGAUGACACACCCUCUCGAUCAGAAGGACAGCUCCCCAUUCCAGUCUGAGUCUAAGUCCAAGCCAGGGUCCAUGCUUGCCCUUGAGAAGGCUACAACUCUCCUUGAGGAGGCGCCUGGGAAGCAUGAGGGUACCCUGGAAGAGGCGGCACUCCCCAAAGAGCAGGUGUCCCCCAAAGAGGUAGCCCCUGCUCAAAAGAAUCCUCAUUCUAUCAAGUCGACUCCAGACCCCCAAGAGACUCCCACCCUACUUUCCCUGGUCCCGCAAAAUCUCACGGACAGCAAAAGUGACAGAGGUGAUAUAAUGAGGCUACAGGACGAGAUGGAGUCUUUGAGGAGGUCGCUGGAGCGGAUGGGGGUGCAGCUGGAGAGGAAGCUGACCGACAUCUGGGAGGAGCUGAAGAGCGAGAAGGAGAAGCGCCAGUUGCUGGAGGUGCAGAUGAAGCAGGGGACUCAGGAGUCCCGGACCCGGGGCUCCAUCCACGCGCAGACGCAGACACAGACGCACUGAGGGUGGGCCUGGAAGGGACCACGGCGGGACCUGGGGGCAAGUCAGGCUCCGGCCUCCCACGUCCUAGCACACGACUUUGAGAAACGCAAGAAAAUAAACUGCCGCGUACGCGCUC